UCCAGCAUAAGAACCGCUGGCUGCCGGAGCUCCACCACACCGACGGAGAACCGGCUCUACCGGCCGCUGAGCAGACCGGGUCUGACCCCAGCGAUCCUGACCGAUUCCGCGCGUUCCGGCCAGGAGGCGUUUCCGUGUUGUGGUGCUCAGGGCGAACCACUCCGAGGUGGGACCUGGAGAUUAUCUGAACUAGAAGGACGUUCAGAGUGGGGUAUAAGCGGAGAUGCUGCAGCAGUAACUCAGGACUGACUUCAGGAGGUCUUCGAUCGGAUCAACAUGCCUGUCCGGAGGGGUCACGUGGCGCCGCAGAACACCUUCCUGGGAAUAAUAAUUCGGAAAUUUGAGGGUCAAAACAGGAAGUUCGUGAUCGCCAACGCGCGGGUGGAGAACUGCGCCAUCAUCUACUGCAACGACGGCUUCUGUGAGAUGACGGGGUUCUCGCGGCCGGACGUGAUGCAGCGGCCCGGCACCUGCCCCUUCCUGCACGGCGCGCUGACCCCCCCCGCCGCCAUCGGCCAGGUGGAGCAGGCCAUGGGGGGGUCCGAGGAGCGCAAGGUGGAGAUCACCUACCACCGCAAGGACGGCUCGGCCUUCCAGGGCAGCGUCCACGUGAUGCCGGUGAAGAACGAGGAGGGGCUUGUGAUGAUGUUCAUCCUCAACUUUGACUACGUCCUGGACGAGGGCAGCGACGACUCUACCGAGAAGACAGCCCACACCUCCCCCACCCGGUCCGACCAGAGACGGCGACGGUUCCUCCGCUUCCGGCAGGCGGCACUGAGCCUGAUGGGGACGGCCAAGCAGCCCCUCCCCCAGGAGGACCCGGACGCCGUGCUGGUGGACCCCCCCGGGGCACCGGAGGACCCCGCCCCCAUGGCCCCCGGGGGCCCCCCCUCGCCCGCCGGGGGCCCCUGCGGCGCCGCGGAGCCCGAGGCCAGCGACACGCGCGCGCUGAUCGCCCCCAGCAGGCGCGGCUCCCGGGCCAGCGAGGGCCCCGGGCCCCCGGACCCCCCCGCACCGCAGCCCCCCUGGGAGGAGCCCCCCCCCUCCGGCGCGCAGGCCCAGCCCCUCCCCCGGGACGGCCCGGCCAGCAUGAGGCGCGCCUCCUCUCUGCACGACAUGGAGCGCUUCAGCUGCAGCGCCAAGGGCCUGUUCAGGGAGCGCCACGGCAGCGAAGGACCCUUUAACCACCUGAAGUCCAGUCUUCUUGGCUCCAACUCAGAGUCCAACAUCAACAGGUACAGCACCAUCAACAAGAUCCCGCUGAUCGCCCUCAACUUCUCAGACGGAGGAGAUAAGAAGACCCAUUCUCCACCCGCUUCUGAGAACACCAUCAUCGCACCCAAGGUGAAGGACAGAACUCACAACGUGACAGAGAAGGUCACCCAGGUGCUGUCCCUGGGGGCCGACGUGCUCCCGGAGUACAAGCUGCAGACCCCGCGCAUGGACCGCCUCACCAUCCUGCACUACAGCCCCUUCAAGGCCGUGUGGGACUGGCUCAUCCUGCUGCUGGUCAUCUACACCGCCAUCCUCACGCCCUACGCCGCCGCCUUCCUGCUCAACGACCGCGAGGAGCAGAAGCGGCGUGAGUGCGGCUACUCAUGCUCCCCGCUCAACGUGGUGGACCUCAUGGUGGACAUCAUGUUCAUCAUCGACAUCCUCAUCAACUUCCGCACCACCUACGUGAACGCCAACGAGGAGGUGGUGAGCCACCCGGCGCGCAUCGCCAUCCACUACUUCAAGGGAUGGUUCCUGAUCGACAUGGUGGCCGCCAUCCCCUUCGACCUGCUCAUCUUCGGCUCGGGGUCCGAUGAGACCACCACCCUGAUUGGCCUGCUGAAGACAGCCAGACUGCUGCGAUUGGUGCGUGUGGCCAGGAAGCUGGACCGCUACUCCGAGUAUGGCGCCGCCGUGCUCAUGCUGCUCAUGUGCAUCUUCGCCCUGAUCGCCCAUUGGCUGGCCUGCAUCUGGUACGCCAUCGGCAACGUGGAGAAGCCUUACCUGGAGCACAAGAUCGGCUGGCUGGACAAUCUGGGCGUGUCCAUCGGGAAGCGGUACAACUACAGCGACCCCUCGUCCGGACCCUCCAUCAAGGACAAGUACGUGACGGCGCUGUACUUCACCUUCAGCAGCCUGACCAGCGUGGGCUUCGGGAACGUGUCCCCCAACACCAACUCAGAGAAGAUCUUCUCCAUCUGCGUCAUGCUCAUUGGCUCCCUGAUGUACGCCAGUAUCUUCGGGAACGUGUCGGCCAUCAUCCAGCGGCUGUACUCCGGGACGGCCCGCUACCACGCCCAAAUGCUGCGGGUCAAGGAGUUCAUCCGCUUCCACCAGAUCCCCAACCCCCUGCGCCAGCGGCUGGAGGAAUACUUCCAGCACUCCUGGACCUACACCAACGGCAUCGACAUGAACACGGAGGUCCUGAAAGGUUUCCCAGAGUGUCUGCAGGCAGACAUCUGCCUCCACCUCAACAGGAUCCUGCUGCAGGACUGCAAGGCCUUCCAGGGGGCCACCAAGGGCUGCCUGAGGGCCCUGGCCAUGCGCUUCCAGACCACCCACGCCCCCCCCGGGGACACCCUGGUGCACAGCGGGGACGUGCUCACCGCCCUCUACUUCCUGUCCCGGGGGUCCAUCGAGAUCCUCAAGGACGACAUUGUGGUCGCCAUCCUCGGGAAAAACGACAUCUUCGGCGAGAUGAUCCAUCUGUGCUCCAAGUCGGGGAAGUCCAACGCGGACGUGCGGGCACUGAGCUACUGCGACCUGCACACCAUCCAGAGGGAGGAGCUUCUGGAGGUGCUGGACAUGUACCCCGAGUUCAACCACCUCUUCUUCAGCAACCUGGAGCUCACCUUCAACCUCAGGGACGAAAACACGACGGCGACCAACAGCCAAGACAACGACUCGGACGGAGUCGCUCCCAGCAAGAGGCGGAUCUCCUUCACGCCCCGCCUCCCCAGAGGAGACAGCAGCCAGGACGUGGAUCAGGACCUGUGCCUGAAGAGAUCCCCAGAGGGCCUCCAACCCCCCCACCCUGACCAACACAUCCAGGACCUCCAGGAGCUCCAGCCCAGCGCCCCUAACCAGGACCUCCGGCCCGGGGACAGCAUGGAGCAGAACCCUUCUUCUGGAGAACCCGCUGAUGAAUGGGCUGGUGAGCAGCCGGCGGCGUUCCUCCACGAGUCAGCAGCUCCAGUCCAGCAGCUGGAGGACAUGGCAGCGAGCGAGGUCACGUACGUAGAGGUGGAGCAGCGCCUGGAUCAGCUUCAGGAUCACCUCAGCAGACUGGAGACCCAGAUGGUGUCAGACAUCCAGAACAUCCUCCAGCUGCUGCAGAGGCAGAUCGCGGUGGGCCCCCCCGCCUACAGCACCGUGGCGUCCAGUCCAGACUACCAGAGACCCCCGCUGAAGCCCCUCCCAGCGCCCCUGAACACCAUCUCCCUCCUGGGCCAGCCCCCCCACGGCCCCCCAGCGGAGUGGACCCGCCCAGGGGCCCCCCCAGCGGGCCGGGCCCCCGUGGCCCCUGGCCCCCAGCACCGCCUGGUGGCCCUGCUGACCCACAGCGCCGCCCCCCCCCCGCAGCACCGCUCCAGUCUGAUGCUGCUGCCGCUGGACACGUCUGCAUGCUGCCCCCCCCGCCGCUGCCCGGCCCCCCACCCCGGCCCCCCGGGGCCCUGAACCCGAACCCUGACCCCAGCCCCCCAGGGCCGUGACCCCAUCCCCCUCCCAGGUGUCCUUCUGACCCCGGCCCCCCGUUAAGUGUUCUUCCAGGCGGUCUCCGUCGGACCCUCGCUGGCCGCUUCCGCUCAGACAUGGAUGAUGUUAAGGAACCUCUGGACCGACACACUGGGAGGCGGUUGCCUAGCAGCGAGUUCCACAAUGGGUUGAAGGGGGGGGUGGGGGGGGCUGUCUCUGACUCAGGGUUUAUGAACUAUUGUACUGCAAUACAUAUAUUUAAAAAAUAUUCUGUAGAUAUAUUUAUUCAUUGAUCUUUGUGCAUUAUCAAUACUGCGAUCAUGACUAUGGAUUAUGAUGUUAAUAUCAAUACUUGAUGUUAAUGCUGCCACCGGGAACAGUUCUUCAGACGGAGGGUUCGGUCGCAUGUGACGAGCCCGACGCCCAGCGGUUGAACAUUCGUCCAUUUUUCUGUUUUUCUCCGUUUCAUUUGCCCAAAGCUGAGCACGUUUUAUAAUACCAAUGAUGUCCACUCUUCUCUUGUGAACACUGGGAUGGUCUGGGGCUUAUCCUUAAAAUGCAUGAAAAGAAAUCAAGCGAACGCAUAUUGGCUGAAAAGACCAAUAAAAAGAAUCGUCGAUUCUAAACUAACAAAGAAAUGAUAUUUUUUAUCUGUAAAUUGCAUUAGAAAUGGAAGUGUAAUAAAAGAAUGGUAACAACA